AUGAUUGUCACAACGCGGCUCAGCUCACAACCGGACACCUGUACAGAACCGGACCCCUGUACAGAACUAGACCCCUGUACAGAACCGGACCCCUGUACAGAACUGGACCCCUGUACAGAACCAGACCCCUGUACAGAACUAGACCCCUGUACAGAACCGGACCCCUGUACAGAACUGGACCCCUGUACAGAACCGGACCCCUGUACAGAACCAGACCCCUGUACAGAACCAGACCCCUGUACAGAACUGGACCCCUGUACAGAACCGGACCCCUGUACAGAACUGGACCCCUGUACAGAACCGGACCCCUGUACAGAUCCAGACCCCUGUACAGAACUAGACCCCUGUACAGAACCAGACCCCUGUACAGAACUAGACCCCUGUACAGAACCAGACCCCUGUACAGAACUGGACCCCUGUACAGAACUGGACCCCUGUACAGAACUAGAUCCCUGUACAGAACUGGACCCCUGUACAGAACUAGACCCCUGUACAGAACUGGACCCCUGUACAGAACUGGACCCCUGUACAGAACUAGACCCCUGUACAGAACUGGACCCCUGUACAGAACUGGACCCCUCUACACCCUCUCCGAGCCACCACCCCCCCCCCCAGCUAUACCCUCUCCGAGCCACCACCCCCCCAUCCCCCAGCUAUACCCUCUCCGAGCCACCACCCCCCCUCCCCCAGCUUCACCCUCUACGAGCCACCACCCCCCCUCCCCCAGCUACACCCUCUCCGAGCCACCACCCCCCCUCCCCCAGCUACACCCUCUCCGAGCCACCACCCCCCCCCCCCCAGCUAUACCCUCUCCGAGCCACCACCCCCCCUCCCCCAGCUACACCCUCUCCGAGCCACCACCCCCCCAUCCCCCAGCUAUACCCUCUCCGAGCCACCACCCCCCCUCCACCAGCUACACCCUCUCCGAGCCACCACCCCCCCCUCCCCCAGCUACACCCUCUCCGAGCCACCACCCCCCCCUCCCCCAGCUACACCCUCUCCGAGCCACCCCCCCCCCUCCCCCAGCUACACCCUCUCCGAGCCACCCCACCCCUCCCCCAGCUACACCCUCUCCGAGCCACCCCCCCCCCCCCUCCCCCAGCUACACCCUCUCCGAGCCACCACCCCCCUCCCCCAGCUACACCCUCUCCGAGCCACCACCCCCCCUCCCCCAGCUACACCCUCUCCGAGCCACCCCCCCCCCUCCCCCAGCUACACCCUCUCCGAGCCACCACCCCCCCCUCCCCCAGCUACACCCUCUCCGAGCCACCACCCCCCCUCCCCCAGCUACACCCUCUCCGAGCCACCACCCCCCCUCCCCCAGCUACACCCUCUCCGAGCCACCACCCCCCCUCCCCCAGCUACACCCUCUCCGAGCCACCCCCCCCCUCCCCCAGCUACACCCUCUCCGAGCCACCACCCCCCCCCCUCCCCCAGCUACACCCUCUCCGAGCCACCACCCCCCCUCCCCCAGCUACACCCUCUCCGAGCCACCACCCCCCCCCUCCCGCAGCUACACCCUCUCUGAGCCACCACCCCCCCUCCCCCAGCUACACCCUCUCUGAGCCACCACCCCCCUCCCCCAGCUACACCCUCUCCGAGCCACCACCCCCCUCCCCCAGCUACACCCUCUCCGAGCCACCACCCCCCCCUCCCCCAGCUACACCCUCUCCGAGCCACCACCCCCCCUCCCCCAGCUACACCCUCUCCGAGCCACCACCCCCUCCCCCAGCUACACCCUCUCCGAGCCACCCCCCCCUCCCCCAGCUACACCCUCUCCGAGCCACCACCCCCCUCCCCCAGCUAUACCCUCUCCGAGCCACCCCCCCCCUCCCCCAGCUACACCCUCUCCGAGCCACCCCCCCUCCCCCAGCUAUACCCUCUCCGAGCCACCCCCCCCCUCCCCCAGCUACACCCUCUCCGAACCACCGCUACACCCUCUCCGAGCCACCCCCCCUCCCCCAGCUACACCCUCUCCGAGCCACCACCCCCCCUCCCCCAGCUACACCCUCUCCGAGCCACCACCCCCCAUCCCCCAGCUACACCCUCUCCGAGCCACCACCCCCCAUCCCCCAGCUACACCCUCUCCGAGCCACCACCCCCCCUCCCCCAGCUACACCCUCUCCGAGCCACCACCCCCCAUCCCCCAGCUACACCCUCUCCGAGCCACCACCCCCCAUCCCCCAGCUACACCCUCUCCGAGCCACCACCCCCCAUCCCCCAGCUACACCCUCUCCGAGCCACCACCCCCCCUCCCCCAGCUACACCCUCUCUGAGCCACCACCCCCCCUCCCCCAGCUACACCCUCUCCGAGCCACCACCCCCCGUCCCCCAGCUACACCCUCUCCGAGCCACCACCCCCCCCUCCCCCAGCUACACCCUCUCCGAGCCACCCCCCCCUCCCCCAGCUACACCCUCUCCGAGCCCCCCCCCCCCCAGCUACACCCUCUCCGAGCCACCACCCCCCUCCCCCAGCUACACCUUCUCCGAGCCACCACCCCCCUCCCCCAGCUACACCCUCUCCGAGCCACCACCCCCCCUCCCCCAGCUACACCCUCUCCGAGCCACCACCCCCCAUCCCCCAGCUACACCCUCUCCGAGCCACCACCCCCCAUCCCCCAGCUACACCCUCUCCGAGCCACCACCCCCCCUCCCCCAGCUACACCCUCUCCGAGCCACCACCCCCCCAUCCCCCAGCUACACCCUCUCCGAGCGAGUGUUUAUCAUGUUAGUGUUUAA